UCUCUCUCUAAACUCUAGAUCGUUCAAUCAAAUAGGUCUACAACAGCUACAACUAUUUUCAAAAACUACUUUAAUUAAUUUUUAAUUUCAGAACUAUUGUGAGUUAUUUUCAGGAACUAUUUCUUAUAAAAACCCAAGGUUUUUUUAAUAGAUUUGGAGGAUUUUAUCAGUACAUGAUACAGUUAACCGCCAUUAACGUGGUAGAUGAAGGAAAGGAAACUCGAUUCAGGUUGAGGCAGGGGUUUCAGUUGAGGGAAAAACAGUAUGUGGAGGACGACGAGAAUGAAAUUGGGGGGUACAGGCGGCGGAAGAAGAUGGUUGAGCAGUCGGAGUGAUUGGGGGAAGGGGAAGAGGAUCGCGGCGGUGUGGGGGAACGGGGACUACGGGAGGCUUGGGCUCGGUAGCCUGGACUCUCAGUGGAAGCCUGCCCCUUUGCGUUCGUCUGCCUUUGGCGACCAAUCCCCUGAAGCCAUAGCUUGCGGCGGCGCUCACACUCUCUUCUUAACGGGCAGUGGCCGCCUUUACGCCACCGGUCUCAAUGAUUUUGGACAGCUUGGAGUUGGGGAUUCUCAUGAUUUAACUUACACUUGUCCCUUAGAGGUAACUGGAAUUGGCAAGGAAAUUGUUCGAAUUUCGGCCGGUUACUAUCACUCUUGUGCUAUUACAGAAGAUGGAGAAUUGUACAUGUGGGGGAAGAACUCAAAUGGGCAGCUUGGUCUUGGAAAAAGGGCUGCAGGGCUAGUUUCUGUACCAACCAAAGUUGAAUGCUUGGCUGGAAUCACCAUUAAGACAACAGCUUUGGGAUCAGAGCACUCAGUAGCUGUUACUGAUGGAGGUGAGUCCUUAAGUUGGGGAGGAGGGUCUGGGAGACUUGGUCAUGGCCACGAAUCAGGAAUUUUAGGAAUUCUCAGAAGUACCAGCGAAUAUACACCACGACUUAUCAAGAAACUUGAGGGGAUCAAGGUUAAAGAGGUUGCUGCUGGAUUGCUGCAAUCAGCAUGCAUUGAUGACAAUGGGUCCGUAUUCAUGUUUGGUGAAAGAACAGUAGAUAAAUUGUGGUCUGGAAAGGGGAACAAUGCAACAACACCAUCCAUGAUCAGCAAACUGCCAUGCUCCGAAGAAGUUGCUUGUGGUGGCUAUCACACUUGUGUCUUAACAAGUGGUGGAGAACUGUACAGUUGGGGAUCAAAUGAAAAUGGGUGCCUUGGCAUUGGUACGACAGAUGUUUUUCACCACCCAGAAAGAGUUCAGGGACCUUUUUUAAAAUCCCCGAUUGUCAAGGUAUCGUGCGGUUGGAAGCAUACAGCAGCAAUUUCUGAAGGCAAUAUUUAUACAUGGGGUUGGGGAGGUUCCCUUGGAACAUUUUCCGAAGAUGGACAUUCUUCUGGAGGACAACUGGGUCAUGGAACUGAUGUUGACUACAUAAAACCUACAAUGGUUAAGUUUGGGCAGAAUGUGAAAGCUCUACAAAUAUCAUGUGGAUUCAAUCACACUGGUGCCAUAGUUGAGUACACAUAAGCUUCGGCACCUGCAGUCUCAGCUUCAAGAAAUGUAGCAACUUCUGGGUUCUGAGAAGUGAUUUAGACAUAUGUCUCUUUGGCGUGCUCUCUUCAUUCGUUCAUUCAGUGUACCUUUGAUUUGCAUCGGUCACUAGAGCAGCAACUACACAGUUAUACAAUACAAGACUACCAAUAUCAGCCUACAAAUUUCCAAUUGUAAUUUCAAAGUAUAAAUUUAUAGUUAUGUAUAUGUAAUAAAAGGUUCAAUUGGUAUAACGUUGCGAUUCUAUUUGUUCAAGUGAUUGUAAAUUUGUAAGAUAAUAUACAAAUUUUUAGACUUCACUGCAAAAUUGUAUUUCACUAGAAUAAUAUUUGUGAUGUAUAUAUUUACGUACUUUUCUGAA